CUUGCGUCUGUCGUCACCGCGAUAACCACACCCACUGGAGCAUGAGCACCAAAUACAAUACAAGUACUUGUUAAAGUCUUUCUUGUGGAUAGUGGUGUCCAUUUAGUAAAAUACGUGUCAUUAUGUGAGAGACAGCCGUGGAGUGGAGUAUAGCACACAGCACCGCUAGCACCGCUAGCACCACUAGCGAAGUAUCCCUCCGACUUUAUGUGAUAUUAUAUCGUAAAACUGGCUCCGGUUUUCACCAAGCAACAAUGGUCGCUUCUGUGGAGGAAGUAUCCGCAUCCAUUGUGCGUGAAUAUCUGAGUAGAAAGGGACUCAAGAGGACGAUUGCCUGCAUGGAUGAAGAGCAUCCACGGACGCAUUCCAGUAUCAAUAAUCGAUCCCAAUUGCGUCAGAUCCUGCACAUAGAAGACCUGUAUAGAAAGAAUAAGGUUGAGCGUUCCCCCUUGAGGACUUUACUGGAGAUUAUUGUAAAGCAUCACAUUGAAGGCGGUAAAGAUGACAAGACGGCUGGUGAGGAAAGUGAAUCGUUGGCGUCUGCUUUAAUAAUCAGCCGUCUCUCCCCCGCAAAGACACCACUGCGAAUGACGAAUGACACAAACACGGAACACGCAGCAGCGUCCUUUCUUUCCGGUGAUCACAUGAAAUUAAGGUCACCUAUCAAUGACGUGUCGCCCACGCCAAUGGACGCAGACAAGAAACACGGCUUGUGGGUUGAUGCCUCCGUAAAUGAGACGGGCCAAUCAAAGAGUGAGCACUUUGUGAUCAGUGAACCUGAAAAAAAAAAACCCGAAAUCAUCCCAAGGAGCAGACCCAGUCGAGUACGGCGUGGCAUGAUGGCCGGACCGAUAGCCAGCACCCUUCAGGAAUCAAACAGGCCGAGGCCGAUUCGACGAGUGGAGGCACCUCACCUGCUGCUCAGGAAAGACGAAGAGACCAGGCUGUCUCAGGGUGGAGUGAACAGUCCAUACCAAAAAGGCUCGGAAAAGUCCAGUAGUGACACGGUGGAAAGGGUGCAGGGCUUGGAGAACGUCGGUCCAGCUAGACAAGACAGAAACAUCGUGAGGCCAAAGACGCAGCCGCAUGACGAAGAUUUGUCUGAGAUGGUGUUAGAUGACGUUGAUGAUGACCUGCCCGAAUUAUCCAACAUGUCCAUGAAAAAGAGCAACCAUACUGCAAGGGGCCACCCCAUGGACCAACACACGGCCUCGGAAUUGAAAGCAGUUCUUCUUGGCUCUUGUGUCAAAUGUUUCAGUGUGGAGUGGAGGAACCAGGCUUUCACCUUCUCCCAAACACAUGACCUGAGAUAUGGAAUCGUUCAGAAAAAGGGUGGUCCAUGCGGGGUCCUAGCUUCCAUCCAAGCCUUUGUUUUAAAGAAACUUCUCUUUGAGAACACGGACAGUAGUACUACCAGACUCCAGGGUUUAAGACCGACCAAUGCAGCCAGACGAAGAUGUCUGAGUCUAGCCGUGGCUGAAGUCCUGUGGAGGGCCGGGGAGGAGACGAAAGCCACACUUGCAAUAAACACGGGAAGAAAUGUCUUCACUCCAAGUGGACACUACAAAUCUGACGGAGUGCUGGAAAAGAUUACGUGUUUCUCAGUGGACAGCAUGAAGGACCUUCAGAUGCUGGUGGAGCAGCACAUGGACCAGUUUGAGACUGGGGAGCUGGGAUGUCUGCUGCUCACCGUGUCCGCCGUUCUCUCUCGAUCCAUUGACAAGGGGGGGGUCAGGGUGAGAGAAGACAUGGACGUGGCGACCACGGCUCUCAUUGGAGCUCAUGGCUACUGCACUCAGGAGCUGGUCAACCUCCUGCUGGUGGGCCGAGCGGUGUCCAACGUGUUUGAUGGCGACGUGGAGUUGGACUCGGGAAAAGGCAGCUCCACCCUGCUCAAGGGAAUCAAACAUCCCUGCAACGUGGGCCUGCUGUCCUUGUUUGAACAUUACAACAUCUUUAAGGUUGGAGACUAUCUGAAGAACCCCGGUUUCCCGGUGUGGGUGGUGUGCAGUGAAAGCCACUUCAGUGUGCUGUUUGGCCUGCAGGGGGAGGUGUUGACCAAUCGGGGUGAAGACCAGCUGGAGUUCGACCUCUACUACUAUGAUGGACUUGCCAAUCAACAGGAGGAGAUCCGCCUCACUGUCUCUGUGGGCAAAGGCAAAAGCCGCCAAGAUCCGGACGCUGAUCUAACCCCUCCGCUGGAGCUCUGUAUCCGGACAAGGUGGAGGGACGCCUUAGUGGGUUGGAAUGACACGGAGCCCAUUCUCUGACUUGCUGGAUGGCAUUUGAAUUUCAUUGGGCUUUUUUUUCCACUCAACACCCACAAAUAGUUGAAGACGCUACCAAAAUAUACCUCAUUCAUGCUUUAACAUUGAAUAUGCAUGUUAUUAUUUCUUGUUACAUUUUAGGGAUGAAUGUAGAAGAUAAUAGUUUGCAGAUGAGUAUUAAUAAUGUAUUAUAUUGUGUUACUUUAUUCUAGAUUUUAGCCCUAUUAAUAAUUUAUAUAAAUGUUUAGUGAGGUUUUUAAUAUGUUUAUUACCGCAGUGCCCUUUGUUUACACAUUCUUGCUUAUAUUUUACUGAUAGAUUGUUGAAAGAUGAAUACUGUAGUUUAUAGGAAAAUAUUUAUUUAAAAAAUAUAUGCUAUAUAUGUAACACACAAUAACACACGCAGACACUGCUAGGUGUUGCAUGCUAACAUUAGCAUGCCAAUCUUAGCAUAAUUGGAGCAGAAUAAAAAAAUAAAUAUAAAAUAAAUAUAAAUAAUAUUUAUAUGAGUAUAAAUAUAUUCAUAUAAAAUAUGACUUUAUUCUCGUCAAUAAAACUUUAUUUUCGUAAUAUUAACAUUUUUUCUCAGAAAUUGAUAACUUUGUGUAAGUUUGCAACAUUAUUCUUGUACAUAUACAACUUUAUUGUAAUAUUAGAAGUUUAAUCUCAUAAAAUUAUGUUAUUCUCCUAAGUUUUUUGUUGUAAAUAUACGCUUACUCUUCAAAAUAGUGUAGGAGUUGACGUGUUCUUACUUUCUUUUUAGCUCAGUUAUUCAUAAACAUUAUCCAUUCCACUUACUUCCACAACAUGAAUAAUUCCAACUUUUCCAAACAUGGCUUAAUUGGCACAAGAUGGCGUCGGCGCGUGUAAAUGUCACAUAUAUUUCUUCAUACAUUAAUAACAGCAGCAUCAUCAUUGUACAUUCAAACGUUUUAUAACAUAUAUAUAAAUCGUGCAUUUUCGUACCAGGCUCAAUGUACUGUUUCACCCACCUGAAAAACAAGGAUAUGAAUGGAAUACAGCCAACUUCACGUCUGUCCAUCUUGCUUAGCAGAAAGAGGAAGUUCGUCAAGCAGUCAAACUGACGUAAAGUGUCAUAAAACCAGGCGAGUAGUCACACCGCCCCCUGCUAGCGAGUGCCCGGUACUACACCCCUUAUGUACAAAGUAAGCCUUUUUUGAUGUUUUAAUGGUGAAAACAAGGUGGUUACAUUUCUGAACUGUUGUCAACAAAUAGAUGGUGUUGAGCGUCAGACGACAGGGAAUGCUGUCAGAAAGUAUGUGUUCCCUCCUUGCUAUUGUUUGACAGAAAUAAAC